GACUUGCUUGUGUCAAAACGAAGCAGAGUUCUUUUCGUUUAAAGGUCUCCUAGGCGAAAGUUGUGUUUUCGUGCAUUUCACGUUUCGUGUCAAAAACUCAAGACUUAAACAUGCGUUACGUGGCUGCAUACCUGUUGGCUGUCCUCGGUGGACAAGAUAGCCCCGCCAAUGCCGAUCUGGAGAAGAUUCUCAGCUCGGUUGGUAUUGAGGUUGACGCUGAGCGUCUGACCCGUGUGAUCAAGGAGCUCAAGGGCAAGAGCAUCGAAGAUCUGAUCAAGGAGGGACGCGAGAAGCUCUCCUCCAUGCCUGUUGGUGGCGGUGCCGCCGCUGCUGCUGCCCCUGCUGGCGCUCCAGCUGCUGCCGCCGGUGGCGACAAGAAGGAAGCCAAGAAGGAGGAGAAGAAAGAGGAGUCCGAGUCUGAGGAUGACGAUAUGGGCUUCGCUCUCUUCGAAUAAGCCCAAACUCCUAUUGGCUUACGCUGCGUAUAUAACAGUGUAAAACCAUGUGCUGUCCAACAUAACAACAAACAAACAUGAGGACAGCCGGCAGUAUUAAACAUCUGCAACACCUGCUUGAUAUAUCUGUUACUUUUUUUUACCAAAUCUUGACAAACAUACUUAAGCAGAAAAGUUCAAAACCUAUUUCUAUGAAAUAAAACUGGCGUGUUUUUACACUUUAUAUGCGUACAAAA